CCACACGAGAAGAAGGUAGAAGAUAUACUAAAUUGAAGCAAAGAAAUCGAAAACGAGAAAGAAAGAACGAAAUCGAAAAUGGCAGUGAUGGAGAAGUUGAAGAUGUUCGUCGUUCAAGAGCCUGUUGUCGCCGCUUCCUGUCUCAUCGCUGGCUUCGGUCUAUUUCUUCCAGCUGUUGUGAGACCCAUGUUGGAUUCAUAUCAGGCAACCAAGCAACCUCCUCAACCUGCUUUAAGUGAUGUGGUUGCAGGUAUGACUGGUAAAAAGUAAAUGUGAUUUACUUGAGAGAUGCAAGGGAAAAAUUGCUGACAUGCUUGUUUGAACUUAUUUUAAUUGUCAAUGUGAGAAAUAAGACUACGGAAUAUUGGAUUAGGUUCCCUGUCUGACGGUCUCAUCUGUUCCGGAAUCAGUCAGUGGUUUCAAUUCAUUAAUUUCAGUUAUGAGUGGGUUGAAAUAUCAGUUAUUUCUGCCGCUUGAUUAAUUCUGCUGUACUAGAAAAUAUGAUACCUUGAACUGUUUCCAUGGAUCAAUUGUGAAGGAUCUUUUUAUAGGUAAACUCAUGGAUGUUAUUUUGGUUGGCAUUUAAAUAUUGAAACAUUAUAACAUCUUCACGAGGUA